AUGACCCAUCCACUGGGUGAUUGUGCCCAACCCAGGCUAUGGUCCAGUCACUGGGUGAAAGUGCUCCACGCUAUGGCCCAGUUCCUGGUGCCGAAUAGACCCAAGCUUGAAGUGCCGAAUAGACCCAAGCUUGAAGUGCCGAAUAGACCCAAGCUUGGAGUGCCGAAUAGACCCAAGCUUGAAGUGCCGAAUAGACCCAAGCUUGGAGUGCCGAAUAGACCCAAGCUUGGAGUGCCAAAUAGACCCAAGCUUGAAGUGCCGAAUAGACCCAAGCUUGGAGUGCCGAAUAGACCCAAGCUUGGAGUGCCGAAUAGACCCAAGCUUGAAGUGCCGAAUAGACCCAAGCUUGGAGUGCCGAAUAGACCCAAGCUUGGAGUGCCGAAUAGACCCAAGCUUGGAGUGCCGAAUAGACCCAAGCUUGGAGUGCCGAAUAGACCCAAGCUUGGAGUGCCGAAUAGACCCAAGCUUGAAGUGCCGAAUAGACACAAGCUUGGAGUGCCAAAUAGACCCAAGCUUGAAGUGCCGAAUAGACCCAAGCUUGGAGUGCCGAAUAGACACAAGCUUGGAGUGCCAAAUAGACCCAAGCUUGGAGUGCUGAAUAGACCCAAGCUUGGAGUGCCGAAUAGACACAAGCUUGGAGUGCCAAAUAGACCCAAGCUUGGAGUGCUGAAUAGACCCAAGCUUGGAGUGCCGAAUAGACCCAAGCUUGGAGUGCCAAAUAGACCCAAGCUUGGAGUGCCGAAUAGACCCAAGCUUGGAGUGCCGAAUAGACCCAAGCUUGGAGUGCCGAAUAGACCCAAGCUUGGAGUGCCGAAUAGACCCAAGCUUGGAGUGCCGAACAGUUCCGGCUGCUAA